GUUUUUGGUUUGUGGCUGAAAUACGUUAACGUUUUCGAUUUGCAAUUUUUGUAUUGUAUAGUUUUUGUGGAAAAUGUAUCAUCAAAGUGAACAGAAGGGUACUUCCGUCGUUUUGGACGUGAUUCCCCCGCAAUAUAACCCGCACAUGCAUCACGGGCAGCCUAGCCCACCGCAAAGUCCCAAUCAACAUUAUACCAAAGAUUGCUCUAGUCCGGUAAACAGUUCAGAUCUAAAAUCCGGGACGCCUUCCAGCCCCUCGAACAUACCCGAUCCGAACAUCAGGCGCUACAGGACGGCCUUUACCAGAGAACAAUUAGCCCGAUUAGAAAAGGAAUUUUACAAGGAAAACUACGUUUCCAGGCCGAGGCGGUGCGAACUGGCCGCUCAGCUCAACCUACCCGAAAGUACCAUAAAGGUGUGGUUCCAAAACAGGCGAAUGAAGGACAAAAGGCAACGCAUGGCGAUCGCCUGGCCGUACGCCGCCGUCUACACGGACCCCGCGUUCGCCGCCUCCCUCCUGCAGGCCGCCGCUUCGUCGCUGCCGCUGCACUACCCGCCGCCGCCGCCCAUGUACGCGCCGCACUACCCGCGAUACCACCCCUACCCGGGCUUCGGGGUGCCGCCGCUGGGCGGGCACCCGCUCAACGUGCAGCAGAACGUCGGCAUCGGCGCGGCGCCCGCGCCCGUCGGCGUCCACCACCCGCAGGGGCUGAACUUGAACCUGAGCUUCGACUUUCCGCAGGCGUACCACCCGCACCAGCUGCCGAAGGCGUCGCCGAAUUCGCCGGCGCAUUCGGAGAUCAGCCUCAGCCCGCCGGUGCACGAGGGUUUGCUCAUACCGGCGGCGAAGAUGUCGCCCCACACCCAGGUCACUGUUGGCGAGAAGCCCAAGUUGUUCAAGCCCUACAAGUCGGAGGCGUAAUUGGGUGGUUUUAUUUUAAUUGUACGAGAAUUAUUGGCAUUCCACAGGAGCAACUAUCUGAUGUAUAAAUAAGUAAACUAAUUGUAUAUUCUUCUGGAAAAAGAAUUAAUGUUUUAAUCCGUUUGUUGAGCGAAUGGAAAUCAUGAAGUUGUAGCGUAUAAAGGCAUGUUAGAAGAAGCCGAAAGUUAGUAAAAGAAUCCGAUGAAAAUAAGUAUAACGCGGAAUUGGGUUUGGAUUUUUUUUAUUAAAAUUUGUGAUAAGUGUACUAAUU